AUGAAUGUUUACUUUCAAGAGGAAACAUAUAGUAAAAUAAAAAAUUUAGUCUCUAAAAGAGAGAUUAGUCGUUUCAUAAAUGAGGCAGUGGAGGAAAAGUUGCAACAAAGGCAGCAACAAAAAAAGGAGGAAUUGCGGCAAAAAUUAAUUGCGGGUUAUAAAUCUAACGCUAGGAAUGAGAAAUUGAAGAAAGAAUUGCAAGGUUUGGAAGAAGCCUCGCUGGAAGACGUGUUUACUAAAUUAGAUAAAGCAGAGAAAAAAGAUGACAAUGAUGAGCAGAAUGAGUAUGAUGACAAGACAGUAGCGGUUCCAUUGACUACUGAUAAUGUUGAGAAAAUUGAGUUGUUUGAGGUUUUUAUUAAGAAUACCCCCGAAACUGGUUUGGAUUGUCCCAGCAAGAUUUUGCUUAAUUAUCCUUUUACGCUAGAUAAGGAGUUGCGAUUGGUGAAGAAACUAGGAGUAGCCGGCAAAGAAAUAAUGGAUAAAGUGAAAAAGGCUUGGGGAUUUGCUUUUGUGUGA